AUGUCAGUGUCUGUUUCUGACAACCAGUUCGGGUUCAUGCCAGGUCAUUCUACUACAGAAGCUAUACACAUUGUUAGGCGAUUGGUGGAACAGUACAAAUAUAGGAAGAAGGACAUGCACAUGGUUUUUAUUGACCUAGAGAAAACAUAUGACAAAGUUCCUAAAGAAGUUCUCUGGAGAUGCUUGGAGGCAAAAAGUGUGGCGGUUCCUUACAUUAUGGCGAUUCAGGACAUGUAUGAUGGAGCUAAUACACGGGUAAUGACAGUAGGAGGCGACUCUGAGCAUUUUUCAGUUAUUAUGGGGCUACAUCAAGGCUCUGCGCUCAAUAUCAUGGAAAAUGAAGACAAUGAAGGAGUAGACUUAGCUGCAAGGGAGGCAGCACAACAAGAAGCUGCACAGAGAAUUGCUGAUGAGACAGUCGAACUCAAUGGGGGUCGAAGAUUCAAUCUAAACCGACCUUUGGUUGAAGACCAUUUCGAGAAUGCAGCACCCCGACCUGGAUGA